CUUCGCGCGACUGGCAUGGCGGCUCCCUAAGGCCGCUUAGUGCACAUGGGUUAGACUGGCCACGCGUCAAAAAAAAAAAAAAAAAAAAAAAAAAAGGCAAGGCAAGGAAGCGGCUUCUCCUCCGUCUCGUCUGUAGAGCAGGAGCGCGCUGAGAAAAUGCGGGCGUUGGAGCGUGUGUUGCUGAGGGGCUUCCCCAGCGCAGCGGAGUCGCCGCGGUGGAAGCAGAACGAGGCGGCUUCGGCUGAAGAGAGUGGGUCCUUGUUGCAGUUGUUGUUGGAAGGGAAUUAUGAGGCCGUUUUACUAAGUAAAGCAGUUCAGGAUAUUUUCACAACACCUGAAGUAACAGAAGAGGAUACCAUUGCCAGCUACUUAGAAAAGCAGAUUCAAGAUUAUCUGGACUGUUCUUCUGCAGAUACGGAUCCUAUGGAAAGGCAAAGUGUGGUGUUUCUACUUGGUGUGGGGAGCCUGCAGUUGUUUGUACAGAGCAACUGGACUGGGCCUCCUGUUGAAUUGCAACCUCAGGACUUUUUGCAAACUGUAUUACUAGAACAAUACAACGAGCCCAGUACAUUGUCUACAGCUGUGCUGAGUCUGCUGGUUCUAGAUGGUGAAUCAAUCUAUAGCCUGACUUCCCAUUGUGUCUUGCUGAUGCUAGCUAGAGCAGUGCUUGUGAAUUCAAAGCAUAAACUAGAAGCCAUACAGACAUUGCCUUGGUGGACUCUACGGUGUGUGAAUAUCCAUCAGCAGUUGUUAGAAGAAAGAUCACCUGAACUCUUUGAUAUUGCCCAGGCCUGUAUACAACAAGUGUCUGAAAUUGAAACUUUAUUUACUGAUGACGAAUGCUGGCAUCUUGCUGUUCAGUUCCACCUGGAGUGCGCUUACACGUUUUUGCAUUACUAUGAGUAUAAAAAAGCCAAAGAACACUUUAUUGCAGCCAAAGACAUAACCAAGCUACAGAUUAAUUUAACAGGUGCCCUGGGAAAAAGGACAAGAUUUCAGGAAAAAUAUGUAGCACAGCUCAUAUUAGAUGUUCAAAGGGAAGAUGGCAUCCUCCUUCCUCACCGUGAGCUUAGUCCAGCACCUUCCCCCCUUGAAGAUUUAACAAAGAAUUAUGAUUUAAAUGAUGACACAGUGUUAAAUGAAAUAAAGUUUGCAGAAUCUCAUCAGAACCAGAUGCCUGACUUAUGUGCAGAAGAGCUUGCUGUUAUCCUUGGAAUUUGCAUAGACUUUCAGAAGAACAACCCGGUUCAUAAGCUCACAGAAGAGGAGCUGCUUGCUUUUUCAUCAUAUCUGCUUUCACAACCAAAAUUCUGGGCAAUUCAAACUUCUGCUCUGCUUCUCCGAACGAAGCUUGAGAGGGGAAGCAUUCGUCGAGUAGAACGGGCUAUGAAACAGACUCAGGCUCUUGCAGACCAAUUUGAAGACAAGAAAACAUCAAUUUGUGAACGUAUGAAACUAUUUUACAGUUGCCAAGUUCCUCCACAUUGGGCUAUCCAGCGGCAGCUUGCAAGCUUACUAUUUGACCUUGGAUGUACCAGUUCAGCUCUGCAGAUCUUUGAAAAGCUUGAAAUGUGGGAGGAUGUAGUUAUCUGCUAUGAAAGAGCAGGACAGCAUGGAAAGGCAGAAGAAAUUUUGAGGCGGGAGGUAGAGAAGAAAGAAACACCAAGUUUAUAUUGCUUGCUUGGGGAUGUCCUUAAAGACCAUUCUUACUAUGACAAAGCUUGGGAAUUGUCAAAGCACCGCAGUGCCCGGGCUCAGCGCUCCAAAGGCCUUCUCCACCUUCGCAACAGGAACUUCAAGGAAUGUAUAGAGUGCUUUGAGCAAUCCGUGAAGAUUAACCCCAUGCAGUUAGGUGUGUGGUUUUCCUUGGGCUGUGCCUACUUAGCUUUGGAAGAUUAUGAAGGUGCUGCCAGAGCAUUUCAGCGCUGUGUGAUAUUGGAACCUGACAAUGCCGAGGCUUGGAACAAUUUAUCAACUGCAUAUAUCAGAUUAAAACAGAAAAUUAAAGCAUUCCGGACCCUUCAGGAAGCUCUCAAGUGUAAUUAUGAGCACUGGCAGAUUUGGGAAAAUUACAUUCUCACCAGUACAGACGUUGGAGAGUUUUCAGAAGCUAUUAAAGCUUAUCACAGGCUUAUGGACUUACAAGAAAAGUAUAAAGAUGUCCAGGUGCUAAAGAUACUAGUAAAAGUAGUUAUGGAUGGAGUGACCGAUCGUAAUGGAGAAACUGCAACAGGGUUAAAGGGGAAACUGCAGGGACUCUUUGGCAGAGUGACUUCUAGAGUGACAAGCGAUGGAGAAAUCUGGAGACUAUAUGCAAGACUCUAUGGGAAUGGGCAGAGUGAUAACCAUGAAGAUACAGAGAAGGUGCUACAGUAUCUCAGCAAAGCACACAAAUGUGAAAUGCAGUCAAAGGACUGGGACAAAGAUAUUUUCUCUUUUAAGAACGUAGUAAAAGGAGCUUUAGAGCUUGCACAUGUGGCAAUGAGGUGCAGCAAAACCAAGUCUAAUCACCAAGAGGCACUGCAAAUUCUCUCUUCGGCUCGACUCAACUUACGUAGCUUGGCAGCCAGAGCAAAGCAACUUUUUGCAGACACAGUGAGUGGAGAAGUUUCCAGUGACCUAGCUGAAGAAGUGGCAGCUAUGGAGAACUUGAUAGUGGAAUUGCAGGAACUUAGCAACCAGCUAAGAAAUCAGACCUGAGAAAAAGAAGAUCCAGUUUCCUGGAAGGAAGGGCAAAGUUGGCAAACUUCGUUGGCUACAGUUUGCGCUAAUGAGUUUGCAGUAAAUCAGACACCCCAAGCCACUCUCUAAUAAAUAUUUUUCCAUAUAACGUAGCUUCUAAUUGCAGCCAGCAUUGCUAGGACUGUAAAGUGUUUUCAAGGUCAGGCCUGUUCAUUGUCAUUUUCGGUGUUUGUGUGAUUUCUGUUGGCCUGGGUUUUAUAGAACAAAACUAACUGGUUUUUAUUUAGAAGGCCCUUUUAUUUAGGAUUAGUUCUGCUCGAGUGCACCACGUAAUUGGCUUCUGUCCACUGAUGUGCACUUUGCAGAUAGGAGAGAUUAAGUCCUGUUGAUGUUAGAAGGGAAAAGGGAUGGGGGCAUUUUGCUCUUGUUUCUAAUUGAGAUUGGGGGAAGGUCGGAAAGAUUGAGAAAACCAAACAAAAAACGAAAUGGCUCUCUUCUGUGGAAUUUAAAACAAAUGUAAUUGUGAAGGAUGUGUCAGUUGUGUUAUCCUUUGGUAUUGUGGUUUUCAAAGCUUAAGCAUUUGCAGAAAAUGGGCAGCACUUUCCCAAUAAAGCUACACAACAAAGGCAGUGCAAACAAUAGCUUGCAUCCUAAUCCCCACCAUUUCCUUUUCUUUCUGGAAAAUGGUGUGUAGUUUUUCUGGUUUUCUAGCAGACUUUGAGGUUCAAAUGUAACGGGGCAAUCCAUAGUCCCACUUUCCUAAGUUUGACCAAUAGCAGCUACUGGACUUGAUCUGGAAAUGGGUUCCAGCUUUCCUUCCUCAUUAACCUAAAUAUGGGUGCCUACAAGAGCCACCUUUUCUAAACCCGACCAAGGCUAUUUAUUCUGUCUCUAGUAUUGACAAGUCAGGUGCCCCUGCCAACUAUCCCUCUUGUUUAUCACCAGGAUGAUAGUAUGACGUAUAUUGCUUUUUAAAAUGGAGGUGUCAGUCUUAGAGUCAUGGUUUAAUUGCCUUUAGCCUAUACUCUAUGAAUUUAUCAAAUCCUUUGUGAAAGUUUCUAGAGUCUGUUUGAAGGAUCUGGUUCUCACAAUCCUAUCCUUACUUCAUAAAGUAGGAUAUGCAUGAGGGUGGGUGGGUGUUGAUGCACAUAGCUCCCAAUGGUGUCUUGAGAGAAUACAACAUUCAGAGAGCAAAACACAAAAAUAUUCUGUUCUUUCUUUUCCUCUCCUCCCCCAUCAAAUCAAGUCAGCUGACUCUUACAUUUUACUUUGUCAUAAACAUUUUUACAGGGCACUUUCCCUUCUCCACAUCCUCCCCCACCAUUGUUCCCUCUGCUUUCUGCUCACCCUGGAAAAGUUAGUAGAAUUGGGAGAGAAAAGAGGGAAAGAGACACUUCCCACUUCCUUCCUCACCCCUAUGUACGUUUCAAGGCUGAGAUAGCUCCCUUCCCACUUUCGAAAAGGGCGCAGUAGUAGAAUACAGAGCCUUUGCAGACGCUGCCACAUUGGGGACGGAGUAGCCUUUGAGUGAACACAUAGUUGCCUAACUCAAGAACUACCCACUUGGCCUGGUAUAGUCUCUGCAAGGCCUCAAUCAUUUCACUGAAACACCACAGAUUGAGCCUGGGACUAUUUGCAUGCAAAGCACAACCUCCACCACUAAGUUUUCGUCUUUCCGCUUUUGUUUUUCAUGUUCACACUUAAUGUUUUUAGGUGGAAAUACAGUACAUUUUGUCUACUUUCAAAAAAAACCCAAGCCUGGAUUGUGAGCCACGUUUGGAAUUUGGAAAGCCUUGUUUCCUUUUCCUGUUGCACUAUUUCCACGUCCCAGAGGAGCCAUGAUAGGGCAUCCUGUUGUUUCCUUUUCUGCUUACAGAUGAAGUGGGAGGGGAUAUUCACACUGCAGAAGCCGGCUGUAGAGCGUCCAGCUGCAGUAUAGCAGCAGAUGACCUUUCUCGUGCAACAGUUCUAUAAUAAGGCCUGGGUUGCAAGCAUCCUUGGAAUGGUGCUUUCUCUAGGAAUGAUAAUUAACGUUCACGAAUGGUGAAGUCACUCCAAGGAGAGUUCAGUGAGUCCUCUGUCAUCAGUUUGUGCAUUCCCCCCCCCCCACUCCCGCCAUAACUUAGUGUAAAAAGUUGCAGGAUUCACACACACAAAAAUCAGUAACAUUGUUAAAAACUUUCUAGGCUGGGUCGUUUUGUACUUAAAGGGCUGUGCUGAGAAGGCUGAGAAGGGGGACCAACUCCAGUAGUAUACCUCACUCCAGCGACUAAUGUAUGGUUUCUGAUCCACUUCUUCCCCUUUCCGUUCUCAGUCUCAAAGAACUCAACCUCAUAAGUCCAACAGCUCCUAUAAAGGGUCCCAAGUGGAAAUAAUGUAGAUGGGCAGCAGGGACUGGGGCUGGUGGAAGGACAUAGACCUAGGGUCAGUACACAUAACCUUCCCAAGGGGAUAAGACACGUAUAUGAACAUAGAAAUUUGCCUUGUAGUGAAUCUGACCAUGGUCUGCCUAGCUCAGUAUUGCCUCCACUGACUGACAAUAGCGCUUCAGUGUUGGAGACAUGGAAUCUCCUCAAUCUGAUUUAUAUCCUAUGCCCUUUUAAAGUGUGUUUUGGGGAGAGGGCUUUGUUGUUGUUUUUAUUAUGUAUUUUGUGAUUUUAUAUCUUGAUUCUAUUCUGUAAACCACCCUGAGACCCCCAGGUAUAGGGCGGUAUAUAAAUUCAAUAAAUCAUCAUCAAUGCUACAUGGGGAUUCCCAGGACUGAACCUGGCGUUUACUUCCUGGAAACAUCUGCUGUACCACUGAACAACACUUUCUGCCAGUUUCUUGCAUCUUUCUAUCUGUAAAACCAAGCAGCAUUAACAUUUAGUUCUAGGAUUUUUAUUAUUCAGGUUUCUUUAUACUCACCAUCCAUAAAAUGGCAUACUGUUUGAAGAGGAGAAGUAAAAAUGUGAUAAUUGUAAAUUCUAGGCAUUUGGAUCAUUUCCCUACAAAAGAAUUGAUAUUAUCAAGAUUUAAUGGUUUCAUCAGGGUAUCUUCCAAACAUUUUAAAUAAAGCCACCUUUUUCAAA